AAGGGAAACUGUUCCAAAAAUUUCCAAUUCAACACUUCAGCCUUCCGUCGCUUCCACCUCCAAAAUUUUCCAAAUUCUACAAGCAAACUCGACGACUUCCUCCCUUCUCAGAAAUUCAAUUAAAUUCGAAACACAAUUCGCAGAUCAUCAACAUGUAUUAUUAGAGUACUAACUUAUAAAUACAUUCAAUUCACCGAGUAUCUCAAUUUUGCAAAAAUGGCCUUCAACCCCAGUAGUUUUAAUAGCACAAUGAUGGACCCACAGUCCGCGGCGGAGAAGGCGGUCGGGGUGAUCGGAAUGGGCUAUGACCUGACCGUCGACAUCCGUUUAUCGGCCUGCAAAGUGGGUCCCAACGGAUCAAGGUUGAUCGACCUGGACGAUCAGAACGCGGCGUCUACCAGUAACCGGGAGCUGGUGGUGCCCGGCGGGAUUGUGGUCCCCGAUGUCUCCACCUCCAUCAAGUGUGAUAAAGGUGAACGCACCCGAUUUCGCUCCGAUGUUCUCUCUUUCACCCAGAUGUCGACGCAAAUUAAUCAGGAUUUAUCUCUAUCCGGUAAAAUACCAUCUGGCCUGUUUAAUGCCAUGUUUGACUUCAAGGGCUGUUGGCAAAAAGAUGCAGCUGCCACUAAGAGUCUUGCUUUUGAUGGCUGGUUCAUAUCUCUGUACAAUAUUGAAUUGGCAAAGUCUCAGAUUAGUUUAUCUGAGCAUGUGAGACGCGAAGUUCCUCCCUUUUGGGAUCCUGCUGCACUUGCUGAGUUUAUUGAUAAAUAUGGGACCCAUGUAGUUGUUGGAGUAAAAAUGGGAGGCAAAGAUGUCAUUCACGUUAAGCAGCUUCAAAGUUCAAAUCUCCAGCCUAGCGAAGUUCAGGCAUUGUUAAAGCAACUAUCUGAUGAGAGAUUUUUAGAAGACGUCAGUGGGAAGCACAGGUCAAAUUUAGAAGAUCUAUUGAGUUCACAGAAUGACCAGUCUGCUCUCUGGGAUCCUUAUUUAUCAUUCAUAAAUCCAUCCAGACCAACCAUCAAAUCUCACACCAAGAAUGCGGAUGUGCUAAGCAUUCAUAUUCGGCGGGGAGGCAUCAAUAGAGGUCAAGGUCAUUCAGAUUGGCUUUCAACUGUAUCACAUUCUCCUAAUGUCAUAUCAAUGUCCUUUGUGCCCAUUGCUUCCCUUUUGAGUGGUAUCAAGGGUAGUGGCUUUUUAAGCCAUGCGAUAAAUCUUUAUUUGCGAUUCAAACCCCCUAUUGAGGAACUCCAGCAAUUUUUAGAAUUCCAAUUACCUCGUCAGUGGGCUCCAGCAUUUGGUGAUCUUCCUCUUGCUCGCCGCAGGAAGCAAGCAUCGCCAGCACUUCAGUUCACAUUUAUGGGUCCUAAGCUUUAUGUGAACACCACAAAGGUUGAUUCAGGAAACCGGCCAGUGACUGGAGUUCGCUUGUACUUGGAAGGAAAAAGCAGCGACCAUCUGGCCAUUCACAUGCAACAUUUGUCAACCCUCCCUAGGACCUUUCAGCUGACAGAUGAUGAUAGUUAUGAACAAGUAGACGAACCAGUUGAACGAGGCUACUUAGAACCAGUCAAGUGGAGCAUAUUUUCACAUGUGUGCACCGCUCCUGUGGAGUAUCGUGGUGCACGAAUUGAUGACUCUGCGUCCAUAGUAACAAAAUCCUGGUUUGAGGUGAAAAAUGUUGGCAUGAAAAAGGUCCUUUUUCUUCGGUUUGGAUUCUCAAUGGUGGCAUCUGCAAGGAUCCGGAGGUCAGAGUGGGAUGGACCAUCCACAUUGUCUAGAAAAUCAGGACUAAUGUCGAUGAUAAGCACAACAUUCAGUACAGGGUUGACUCAACCUGAAAAACCAGCAAAAGUGGACUUAAACUCUGCAGUUUAUCCAGGAGGGCCACCUUCCCCUGCAAGAGCUCCCAAGAUGUCAAAUUUCGUGGAUACGAAGGAAAUGGUAAGGGGUCCCGAGGAUCCUCCUGGAUACUGGGUGGUGACUGGUGCAAAGUUAUGCGUGGAAGGUGGUAGGAUAAGUAUCAAAGUGAAGUAUUCUCUGCUGACCAUAGUGUCGGAGGACUCUUUAUUGUAGAGAACAAUAUUGAGAUGGAUGGGACUUGGAAAUGUGCAAAUUUUUCUCAUUUUCAGUUGGCUUCAACUUCAUAGAUAGACCAGCUGGACUUUACUAUUGGGAAACCAACCUCGCUCAAGAUCCAAGGUUCUGUAUAUAAUUAUUGGUUCAUCCAAAUCAAUGUAAUCUGUUUAUUCUUGUGACCAAUUCUUGCGGCAAUAGGCGAUAGUAGUGCAUCUCAUAGUUGUAUUGGAAAUCUUCUGCCAAAAUUAGUCUUUUUUUAAUCACUACGUGAAGUCAGUUAAUUCUUUAGUUCAUCCAACUCAUCUCUCCUUGGCACUCAGCAUUUCUUUAAUCGGAAAUAGCAAAAUUUUAACACGACAUCAUUUGGUUCGCAAACUUGCAGUAGCGUACCAGGUAAAGAGUUGAUUUAGUCAUGGAUAUAUAAUAAAAACCCAUGAAAGGUUUGAUGAUAAGGAUCAUUAUAUAUUUCCUUUGGGGUUCUCCAAUGAUAAUAAUGAUCAUCAAAUACAUUGUGUCACGACUUAUUCUUUUUUCUAUUACGUACAAGUUGGAUUAAUCCAUGAUCGAAAAAAAUCAAAGAAACACCUUGCAUCUGGCAUUAUGAAUGAAGCCAACCUCUCAAGGCUCCUAGUUUUGCCCCAUCUCCGCAGUAUCUGAAAUAUAGUCCCCUCUCACAUCAGACAACAGCUCCCAAGAAACUGUCAGUAGAAAGACCAAAGGAGGAACAGCAGUAGAAGUUAGAUUAAGAAGUCGAACAAAACCAAAUCGUAGUGGAGUUAAAAAUAAAAUAAAUUAAAAAAAAAAAACAAAAAGGAUUGAGUUUAUACAGAAGGGGCUAAACUGUGAAAACAGAGACAUGAUUCCAAUACAGUAGUUGAUCAAUGAUGACCCUUUUUGAAUACUGAGCACUCAAAGUUUCAAGAGAAAAAAUGGUUACUCUAAUUCUUCGUGAUAGCCCUAUUCCUUUUCUUUUCUUAAGGUAUUGGAGCAACCAUUUUAUACACCAAAAUAUCCUUCUAAAAGGAAACAAAUAACACAGUUUUCCCCCUUCUCUUGAUCCACGGAUGAAUUCGGUUGAAGGGACGUGCCCGAUUAGAUAAUUUUCGUCCUUUGACGAAAGAUCUAGUCCAAUCAUCGAAAGACGUACAAGCCCAGAACAACAGUCUUUUAGUUUGCAUCAUUCAACAGCAAUCAAAACAGGGGAAUGUAUGAACCAGAAUCAAAAGAGGUUCAAAACAAACCAAGAACAAAUUAAGCAGAAAAACAGGACAGGAUAGAAAUCCCAAAAUGGAAAAAUCCAACAGAUCGAUCAUCAAAGGAAGUUAAAAAAUCAAACCUGAUGGAGCGGAAGAUGAGAUGCGGAGAGAGAGCAUGGAAAAAGAAAUUGACACUGUGAAGGAACACCACCACUCCGGUGCACCCCAGCACAAACAACUCUAUCAUUUCCUGCUUUCUAAUAAGGGAUCAAAAAAUGCUUGUCCUCUUGAAUUGGAUUAGGGCUAGUCCUCCGAUGACGGAAUAACGGUGAAUCCUCGCAGAAGUACCAGAGGAUCCAAUUGUAUUUGAUCAAGGAAGGAGAGAGAUAGAAGGAAGUCAAGUUGGGAACUAGAAAAUAAAAGAGAGUAAAACGUUGUGUGUUUUCUUCUGUUGGAUGAAACAAAAUACUAAUUAAAUACUACUCCCUCCAUUUUUUUUAUAUGUAUUUAUGGAGAAAUCAUCAAAAAUAAAAACACAUUAAUUAAUGUAAUUAAAAUAUAAAAAUAUUUUUAUUUAUUAUCUAUACAAUUCAUCACAAACCAAUAGAAAAUUCAUUAUAAAU